UCGUUAUGGUACCCCCAACAGAGCAACAACUGUAAAUCGAAAGUAGACACAAGCACCUGCAAGCAAAUGUGUACAGUUAGUUUUAUUGUUCUGGGUAUUCCAUCCGACAACAGAUGGUACAUUUUCUAGAGGGAAGACAGUCCUACAUCACCACAACGGACAUGUGUUUUCUUUGCUGAUCUUUAUUUCAACUUCACUUUGAAAUUUAAAAUGAACAGGAGGCAGCUGGAAGGGGCACAGUCUUCACACAUGAUAAGAGACGAAGAUGCUAUCGAAGAGAGAAAAAUAUUUCGAAAGAAGCUGAGAGAAUUUCCAAAUCUUUUCCACAUAAAUGAUUACAGUGAGCUGACACAAAAACGUCAGAAAAAUAUUUUAGAUAAAUCAUGUUUGAACAGAGAGACCGGUGAUGAACACAGUGCACAGCAGCAGAGAACACAGUCACUUGUAAUCUCAUCGCCUUUUUGUUGUUCUUGAAGAAAGAUUACGACAAGGCCGUGAAGGAGAUUGAAGAAGUGUUGAAAUCCCCAAACAACAGCACCAAUAUUGUUACCUUGGCACACCUGGCUAUAAUAAAGUGGGAAAUGGGGAACAGGGAGGAAGGAGAAAGGUUAGUUAAAAAAUUAGAGGAACUCCGAGAACAGGAAAACUUUCAAGAAAAGCUAUUGGACGCUAAAGCUGAAAUUGCUUACUGUUAUUCCAGGAUGGGGAUGGUCUUUGCUCCACUAGCAGUGGACAAGUUUGAAGAAGUUGUCAAGGCCAGACCACUUGACUACGAUUGGAAGUACGGCCUGGCACUCGUUCUAAGGCGUUUCACACACCUUAAUUAUAGAAUGUACUUUCAAAUGUCUUCUGAAUUAACGUCUCCACGGUCCGUAAGAGCCUUUGACCUUUUCUUGGAAAUAAAGAACAGCAACAGCCCAGACACACUAAGAGCCGAAGCCUUGGUAGAAUUGGGCACAUUGUUGGGGUACGCAAAGUCUCCUGAAUUUGAAGACGUGAAAAUAAAGGCGAGACAACAUGGUAUAACUGCUGAACAGUGUUACGAAGAAGCCGUGGAACUAGCGCCCACUGACACGCACGUGCUCACGCACAGCGGGAAAUAUUUCAGCUUUAGAAACCAGCUCGACAGAUCUCGCGAACUUCUCGAACGCGCCAUUGUAAUCAGACCGACGACAACUGCCCACCAUUACCUCGGGACUACCUUUAUGAAAAUGGCGAGACGACAAGAGACAAGCCAGUCGAGACAAAGUUGGAGAGACAGGGCAGGAGGAAGGCAUAAUGGCAAUGGACGAGGGUCUAAUUCAUCUUCUUGGAGACAAAACUUAGGAGGAGGUACAUGGGAUAGACCCACACUAAGAGGAAGUCACAAUGAAGGAGCAAUGCAAAAUGGUGAAGAAGGGCUGUUUCGAGAGACUGUUUUUGAUCAGUGCCAAUCAAGAACUGGAAAUUAUUCAUCGGCCCUAGAAAAGAACUUUUCACGCUUGACAGUGAGAGACGAGGAUAGACAGAAUGAUUUUACUCAGCGUUCUCAGAGUGCUUCUGUCAUGGAGUACGCCUUCAAUUGGGCAGUAAGACCAGGUUCAUUACACCCGGACCAUGAAUACGUUCAAUCUGCGAUGUAUCAUUAUCAGCAGGCGAUUAAAUUGUCUCAUGGGAACAAUUCUCCAGCUAUCUAUGAUCUAGGAGUACUGUAUGUCUGUGUUGGGGACGAUGAUGAGGCUCUUAAGCAAUUCUCCAAGCUACUUAACCAGACAGAAUCACGUGGUAGUCCCCAUGCAGUUGAUCAAUGCGUAUGAACAGGCUGGGCUCAUCUACAUGAGGACAAAGACUAGAGCCAGAACUGAGAACCAAAGACAAGAAUGCGUUGCCGAGGGUUGCAGGCUGCUAGAAGCUGCUUUGCAGAUGCAGUGUCAGGUUGUUUCAUCACUUGACACCAGGCCCUCAUUCUACGACUUGUGCUGUGUAGCAAGCGGGAGGAAAUCUCCAGAACAUCAACUGAAAGUGUUAGCUAAACUGUUUGAAAUGAUCAAAGUCUUUUCGGAAUACCUAAACUUUCUAACUGAUAUACCUGUAUUUAGACCCCAGGACACUUCAGACCCCAACAUUUUGGAGAAAAGGCUGAAAAAGUAGGUUGAAUGCGGGAAAUUUGAUGAUGCCUUGUUGUUUGUGAACCUGCUAGAGGCAACAGGAAGAAGAAGAAUUAGUCAAACAGUGGACAGAUCCCCAACUUCCUAGGCGAGUUCGUGUUAUGGCUGCAAGAACAAAGCUAUUGACCCUAACCGAUACGCCAUCUGCUUCAAUUGAUGACAUGAUAAAGAAAUGCUUUUUACAGGCGAUUCAGACAAAAUCUUACCUGUCCAGCGAAGAGACCCAAAGGCAAAUCUUGGACGAUGGUUGUAGAGAAGUGGGAGAUGAAAAAGGGUGGCACGUGAUGAUCCUUCACGAUCAGAACGAUGACGACAUGAAGAUGAAAGGUCUGACGAUCAAAGACAUUUUACAAAACGUGUGCGGGCUGCGCGUCACGUGCAUGUCAGACAAUGGACAAUAAUCAUUUAGAUGACAGUGGCAAUGAGAUUUUAAUGAAUAGAGCCAGGAAAUCACGUAUUCUUUUGUUACUCUGUGGUCCAAAAGAGUUUCCGGACGAAUUUUUGGCAGACAUUGUGACAGUGUUUUCACAAGUGCGUGUUGUUGAUGAAGGCAAACCCAAGACACUUCUUGCUUUGGUGAUCAACAACACCCAACGCCCGAAUAUUCGUUUUCUUGAUCGUUGGUUGCAGUGUCCGCCUUCUCUCUUUGGAGCUCUUGACCUUUCUUCACCAGAACUGAUCAACGAUAUCUGUAAUCUGUUUUGUUUCCUAGCUGACAUAACUGGCGAUAACAAGUGAUCUUUAUGGAACAUCACUUUUAUAUUGACGCCCUGAGAAUUGUAAGUGUCAAGUACUCAGAAGUCUUCAAGAGCAGGCGCCGAUGAUGGAACCAAAGAAAGAAAACAUUUUGACAACUUCUAAUUUAAGUGAUACCAUAAAGGCACAUGCUACAGACAUUAUAAAUAAUAUAAUUAUAAAUAAUAUUAUUUUUAAGUUUCAAUGUGAUUAAUAUCUGAGUCUUCACCAGUUUCCCGAUUUCCACUUUGUGUGCUUCUGGAAUACAUGUAUCAUUGUAAUAAUAUGUUUUUAAUGCACGAAAUAUCUACUUUUAGUCCUAUAUGUAUCUAUUUGUGAAGCGUUAUAUUUUUACCUUUGUGUGGACUGUUUAAUAUCCUUAUUUAUAUAUUAUCUAUAUACUGUAUUGGUAAAAGAUUGAUGGGGCCACUGCAGGAAAAAAACUGAAGAAAGGGAAAUAAGAGGAGAUGAAGAAGAGAAAAACGAAAGAAAAAAUAUUAUGGCAUUGGAUACUGUAGAUGAUGAUAAAUAUAAAAAAUAAUCCUAACCCCUUUUAAUAAUAUGUUUCUAGGAAAAUGUAAAAUAAAACAUGAAAUCAAACUUUGUUUGUCCGAAGAAGUCCAAGACAAAAAAUUUUCUCUUGCUCACAAACCCAACCACAUAUACAAACAUAUUAUGAGCAUAUAUAUAUAUACAACAUAAUGCCAGACACACAUACCAAUACAAGACAUUUGACACACACAAACUCACGCACAUCCACAUUUUUUUUUCACACACACAUACAUAUGAACCCCCUAAGGAGGAUGCCAGGUAGUAUGGAAGCCAUACGAGUCCUUGUGGCAUUUAUUUAGGUGGUGAUGGCUGCUGGCACGAAGAACCUCUGGUUGGCAUAUUGCAGAGAACCAUGUACAAUAUCUCUGCCUUUUUAUUUUAAUAUGUACAUAAUGAAAACAUUGCAUUUCUCUGCCCUUUUCACGGUGGUGAACCGCAUGGUAUGGUUUUUAUUGUAUUAUGAUUCUUCUACAACAUUUAUUGCAGUAUGGCACAUGACAAGUCUUUGAUUACAAUAUGGAAGACAGAGACCAACAAGCAGCUUAAUGGCGUGUUUAUAAUGUGCGCCAAGAAUCCUUGUAAAUGCCGAGAACUUGCAAGCUGACGAUGUCAAAGGAUAACUUCGUAAAGUGCUACAAAGAAAUGUUUAUCUUUGAAAUUCAGGAGACUUUUUAGAACUAUCAGGAUAUGAUGUUCAGUUAAUGUUUGAUAAAUACGUAUAUUCUACUAAAACAUGUUUAAUGGAAUUUUAGUCGUUGUGAUCCUUUAGAGCUGUAUACUUAGGCUCAGGUUUUAUUUCAUUUUCAAUGUUUAUAUCCAGAAUGAAUGUAAGCCUGUGAGAAGACAAUAAUUUUAGUUGUAUGCUUAAUCUGAACAUAACUAAUUGUACAGUCACAAAAGAUCCCUUCAGAAGACAAAUUGUUUCGUUUGCUGUACCACUCUAUUUAACACAUUAAAGUAUAUCAAUUUAAAA